GUGACGCCAGCGCGACCAAUCAGCGAAAAGUGGGGCGUGUGCUGCGUUGCCACAAACCACGCCCGGUGCUGUGAACGCGCACGCUUGAUGCUGCUGCUGCGGCCGCUGGUGCUCCGUGCGCGUGACCUGAAUAACCAUCAGCACUAGCUACGAUUGAACAGCGACCGUUGUGUUUUCCGUGAAAAUAAUAAUAAUUAAAAAAACCCGUUACGGAUUAAUGACUUUAUUAAUUAUGAGUUGAUAUAUAUGUAUAUAUAUAUAUGUAUAUAUAUAUAUAUAUAUAUAUGCUUUAAUCUAAAGAUGAACGCCGAGGAUUAUUCAGAUUCGACGGGUUUGCGUUUCCGGUGCCGUCAUUCAGCGCGCGCGUGUUGUCUUCUCAUCCCCAGCUCGUGCAGGAUGCCUUCGGCUCGGAUGCUGCCGCCGCCGCCUCUUCUUUCAACACCUCGCCAUUGACAUGACGGCGGGGACAGAGGGCGCGGAGACAGGCACGGUGGGGAAGUGGGAACCGGAAACCGAGCGCAUUCGAACCGCGUCGCGUGCACAGCCGAGCCCGGGGACAAACUCCAAGGGCAGUGCGGCACUCCACGGGAGGAGAGGUGGAGGAAGAGCACGAGGAGGAGGAGGAGGAGGAGAAGGUGGUGGUGGUGGAGAAAGAGAAGGAAGAAGGGGGGGUCGAGUUGAGCUACCUUUCACCCCGUUUCUCUGCACCGUAGCGCUCCAUCUUCUUUAUUCCAUUCAUGUGCAUGGCUUUUCCCUCAGAAAUGGCUUAAGCGCGCGCGCCAUCCAUUCACUCUGGUCGCUUAGCAACCCGCAGUGGCGCGCGAGACCCAUAUUUCAAUUUCAAUACCGCGGAAAUGUUCAAUCUUUAUUAUUAUUUCUUGUUUUAUAAAGACACGUAUAAUUAAAUAAUUUCUGUCAUCAUCACUUCCUUAUCGAUUCUACUCUCGUGUUGUGAUAAAAUAGCGACAAUUAUCUCCACUAGUUAACUAGGCUAGCUAUCCAGUCAGAAUUCUGUUUAUUAUUUUUUUUUUCUUACGUCAGUAGAGCUCUCUAUCCUCGUGUUAUAACUAUAAACAAAUUAAUGAUUAAAAAUUAAAUAAUCGAUAAACCUCAGUAUUAGUAUUAUUUUUCUUGUUAAUUCAGAGUGAUUUGCCGAGCUAACUCCGCAGUUUCGUAUUCAGGGAAAGUUAGCUAGCGACGUUCUAUUCUUAGCUUAGCUACAGCGGGCUAGCUAGGCAAUUUUAAAAAACGAUCUAUGUAUGUGUUAGGAAGAAACGGCUAUACGUGUAAUAUUUAAUAAAAAAAAACCCUGAUAUUGUUAUUAUUAUUAUAAACCAAACCUGUGUUUCACACCGCAUACAAUUACCUCAGAAAUAGCAGCAUAGCGGCAAAGCUAAUUUUGUAGCCUGACAGCAGCUCACUGUGUGUGUGUGUGUGUGGUUUUACACUACAAUAUAUUAUUAGCAAUACGUGAAAGUUUUUUCAGACAGCACAGCGCAAGCGUUACUCUCACCUUGCUAAAAAAAAAAAGGACUUGAACAUAUGAGCGUCCGGCUCAGAGCGGUCUCGCUAUCGCUCAUCGCGUUCACGCUCCUGGUAGGCGGGGCCAUGGGCUGCCUCCAGAGCGUGGUGUGUAAGCCGCGCGUGCGGCGUGAGAACAUCGUGGUGUACGAGGUGUCGGCGUCCAUCGACCGGAGCCCCACGGUGGUGGAGGAGAACUCACCCAUCGUGCUGCGCUACAGGACACCCUACUUCCGCGCCUCCGCCGGAGUGGUCAUGCCGCCCGUGCCCAGGAACGAGACGUGGACAGUGGGCUGGAUUCAGGCUUGUACGCAGAUGGAGUUCUACAACACGUACGGAGACGCGGGCGUGUCGAGCUGGGAGCUGCCGGAGCUGCGUGAAGGCCGCGUGAAAGCCAUCAGUGACUCGGACGGCGUCAGCUACCCGUGGUACGGCAACACUACGGAAACGGUGACCAUCACGGGUCCGACGUCCAAACCAUCACGUCUCACCGUCAGCAUGAACGAUAACUUCUACCCGAGCGUGACGUGGGCGGUGCCCGUGGGUGAGAGUGGAGCACCGGCACUCACUCGCGUGACUCGUGACCAGAGCUUCAUCACGUGGUUGGUGGCGCUGAACACCGUGACGCGUGAGAAGAUCCUGCUGCAGACGGUGCGGUGGCGCAUGCGAGUCGACAUCGCGGUUGAUCCCAUGAUGCCACUGGGUUCCCGUGCCACUCUGGUCAGCCGGACACACCAGGAACAGCCUCUUAUCCUCUCCAACAACGAACCCAUUCCGCCAAACGCGCUGGCGCGACCCAACGCCAAUGAUGCCCAAGUGUUAAUGUGGAGGCCGAGGAGAGGGCCACCGCUAGUGGUCAUCCCCUCCAAAUAGACCUGCUAGGCAAAACCAGAUCACGGUGCAGUGUGGCUAAAACACGUCCACUAGCUUCUGUCUGUUUGUCCAGGAGUAUAGUAUCAUGGGGGGGUUAGUGGACGGUUUUACAAAUGAAUGGUCCUUGCAUGAGCAAUGGAUCAUGGGAAAUAAACGCAUGGGUUUCCUGAGAGAUGGUGAUGAGAAAUGUUAGACUGUUGGAUGAAGCAGUACAAGACGACUGAUCUGAAUCGGUGAUCGAUUGAUACGGACUGCAUGGUCAUGUGACGUGAGACAGACCUUCUUACACUGAUAAUACUUGUCCAGUUUAAUGACCAUGGAUUAUUAGUGUAAGAGCCUUCACACUGCUUUAGUGGACGCUAGCAGAGACGCUUAGCUAGCAAACACCAGGUGUAGCAUGAUUAGCGAUGUCUCUCUCUCUCACACACGCACACACACACACACACACACACACAGAAAGCUGGUAUGACUGAUCUGGAAUGAGUUUCCCCUCACUCCUCCUCACUCAGGUGCUGCACUGUAGGCAGUUUCCAUAUUAGCACACACUCCAUCUGUCCUCCGUCCCUCCUGCGUCCCUCUCUGCUGUCCUCCAUCUGUCCUCCAUCCCUCCUGCAUCCUUCUGUCCAUCUCUGCAUCCCUCUCCUGCCCUGACAAUGUUACAGCGUUAAUCUUCAUCAUGUAAUCCACUUGCUCUCAGUCUCUCUCUCUGCCUGUGAAUCUAUCUAUCUAUCUAUCUAUCUAUCUAUCUAUCUAUCUAUCUAUCUAUCUAUCUAUCUAAAUUAUUUUCCACUUAUCUUUAAUUCCUGACCAUUUCAAGAUUCAAAGGUAAUCAUUUGACUAAGGUAUGACACAUGUGACUCACACACACACACACACACACACGGAGUGUUGUGUAAACCAGGAUGUUAAACACCAGCAGCAUAUUUGGACAUCACACACCUGAUCUUUAAACUCCCACAUUUUCGUAGAGGAAAAAACCAACCUCGUUGCUGAAAAUGUAAAACAAUGACAUUAAAAAAGGAGGUUUUUUUGUUUUUUUCUGAAGAUCAACACUUAACAGCUGAUUUCACUUUGAAUAUCGCUUCUUCUUGUUCAUAUCGAGUCUAUGCAAUGGCUACACACAUGCUAGCUAACUGCGGAGAGGAAGAAGAAGCCUGGGACUCUGAGCAUGGACGGUUCUUUAAGUGGACGGAGGAGAUUUUAGACUUUUCUUGCAUGCCCACGGUUUUACUGGAAACAAACUGUGAUGUGUUCCUGUGGAGGGGCCGGCCUUUGGGGUCGGCUUCGAAUAAAACAGCACUGAGCAUCUCUUAAUCAACGGAGUUCUGCUUUUAUUACAGUACAUGAGAGAAAUUGACCAUCUUUAGAUUGACCAUGUUCAGGCAGAUGAUGAACAUACAGAUCCUGAGAGUGUUCCUCAGGAAACCUUUCACCAGUCACCAUUUCAUGUAAACAUUAAGUGAGUAAGAAGUCUAUGAUCAGGCACAUGCCAGCUAUCAGAAACCUAAAACAUAGUGUCUUUAAUACUGCACAGUCUCGUCUCUAAGCCGACAUCCUCCAUGUAACACUAGAUCAUCAUAUUUAGAUCAUCACACUCCUGAACUUCAUGCACACUUGACGCCUUAAUACUUCUUCUCCGAGUCUCUGCACAUCACAUGGUUCAGGCCGAGUCCGUCGUGCUAUUGCUUGCUCGGGUUCACGCCAGGUUUCCAGUCGUACCCGUAGAGAAACGUGGCCGUGAUGACCAGCACAGCGCCCACGAAGAACAAACUGUGAGAGAGAAACAAACUUUACUUCUCACCAACGAAGCUCAGGGGGACUAAAAUCUCCUGACCGCUGAUUCUCAUAGUGACCUAGUGACCUUGCAAAAGAAGGAACAUGUCUUCCUAUAGGAACUAGACUACACUCCAUUUUUACUUGUUUCAAGUUAUUGUUCUGCUAGCUUAGUGGUUAAGGUGUUGGGCUACUAAGUAGAAGGUUGUAAGUUUGAAUCCUAGGUCCACCAAGCUCCCACUACUGGACCCCUGAGCAAUGCCCUUUAACCCUCAAUUAUUAAAAAUGUAAGACAAGGGCGUCUGCUGAAAUACCGUAAAAAGGUAGGCUAGCUAUAUUUUUAAAACCUAUUUAAUUCUGAAGAUGUUUAAUUAGAACGUAAAGUCCACACUCAGCUAUGAAUGGGAUACCUGGAGGGAUUAAAGUCCUGCAGCCAGAAGUAGGAGAUGACCGUAGAUAACAUGAUGGAGCCGGACAUAGCGAAGCUCUUCAGGAUGUUAUCUGCAUACUUGAUGACCGCCGCGACGAUCAAGCCACCCGUAGCCUACAAUCCAAAGCAAAGCUGAGUUAAACCAACAUGCGAGUGAAGGCCAGGAGGUGAAGCCAUUAAAAACAACCUGUAUUAACCUGCAGAAUGACCACGGCCCAGGUCACACUGUUAAAACCCUGCAAAAUCCCGUUCUCCCAGACCUUAUCCCCAUCCUGCAGAAACAUUCCGGUUAGACCGAAGAACAGACCAAACAAACCUGCAGGGAGAGGCAGAAACAAAAGAGUCGAGUAUUUUCCGAAAAAAUAUUUCAACAAGCAAGUAAACAUCAGGCCGCUAGCGAGUAUUAGCUCAAACCUGACCACUUUCUACUUUCAGGACAGGACAAACAAGCAGACAUAUAAAAAAGAUCCCUGACCUAGCUGAAUGUUGCGGAUCAAGACACUCUGCUUGGUUUCUUUGAGGAUCUUCUCGAAGUAAACGCCGGCAAAUCCACUGGAGAAGCAGGCGAACAGAAUGGCCAGUACCCCGAUUAACCGCGAACCCGAGUCCAUCUUGGACUCGAACUCGGAGCGUGUUGGCCACUGU